AGGUUUUUUAGAGGCGGAGCUCCUGCUGCCAGAAACAAACUUCACUCCAGUUCAAACUGUCAGAACGCAUUAAUUUCACUUUAUUUAGUAGAAGUGCUGAGAAAGCGGGACUGCUACUGCAGCUUCUGCUGAAAAAGAGGCAGCAUGGAUUAUCCCAUGGUUGGUCGUAAGCGGCAUCUGUUAUUAUGCGACGAUCAGAUUCCUCUCCAUAGAAAACGCUUUAUGGACUCCGAUGCGCAUCAGGACAGUGCGAUGACAAGUGGUUGUGGCACCUGGCUGCAUAAAGGGUGUGUAAACAGGUUGAAGAGUAAUCACCUGGAUGCUGCCAAAAGGCUUUGGGAGCUGACUCUAUUCUGGGCUGACACAAACAGUUCUGCUCAGAAAGUUUUAGAGUGUCUCAAAACCAAACGAGAUGACAUCUUCUUGGACAACUCAGUCAAUCACAAGUUUCUCUCCUUUCACAAGGAUAUCAUGGAGGAGUAUGGCAUAGAAGACAAGCAACAUUCGUGGGCAGUCAUUGAGAAACAGGAGGAGAUCAUACUGUAUGGGCCUUAUUACCCUAACUAUAGCAGCGGAGAACACAGCGAGGACAUCAUCAUUAAACAAACCCAGGAGCUUCUGCAGGAAGAAAAUGUUCCUAUAGACUGGACAGUGUAUGUUUUCACAAUGAACAGUCCUUGUUUGGCAAGGAACUCUAAGCCAUGUAUGCUAAACCUGGUGCAGAAGGCUCACGACUGGUGGAACAUGUAUGCAGUGAAGACUUGUAUAGGCUAUAUGAGAAGUUGGGGCUUUAAAGGAAACAAGGAAAACCUGUUCAAGGACAUAAAUUACAGACAAGUGGAAUUGAUUACUCAAAGUGCAGACUAUGACAGCUACAUUGAUUCAGUUAAUAAGAUUGACGGUUUCAGUCCUUUGUGUGUAACUAUGUUUUCUGUCGCCAAAAGUGUGCUUGGAUCUGAGAAACUCAUUUUUCCUUUGAUAACAUCAGAGGAGAAGCAGCACCAGAAGAGUUACUUCAAAAGCAUGAACAGUAUUCUUGAGUCCAAACAGGAAGGAGAGAAAAAAGUUCUUACAAAUGAGCUGAACGCAGUCGUUGAAGCAGCAGACCUACUUUUAGGGGAAAACCGGACCUUUGAUGAACAUUUGGAAAAAGGAAAGGUGUUUUCUCUCACUUAUGCUUUCAGCUCAGAGGUAUGCGAAGGCCUCCAGGAAGAAAUGAGAAGCAGGUUUCAACAGUGCUGGAGGGAAACAGUACAGGACAGGUGUGCAGAGUUUGUCAGGGAGAAGCUGACAGAUGAAUUUAAUCAACGCACCGUUCAGCUUUUCAUUGACGACAUUCACACUUUUACAAAAGCGUAUUUGCAAAUCGGGAAACUGAAGUUUUAAAAUCCGGAUUUUUAUUAAACAACGUUAAAAAGAGGAUGGCAAUGUCUGUGUUAGAAAUCUUUGUUAUGCAUAAAAACACAUUUAAAGAGACCAAUUUGUCAUUUAUAUUACAUCAAAAGGGUUUCUUUAUUACUCUGCUUACAAUAUAUCACAAAUAACAAAGUACAUGAUUAUAAUGGAGUGAGGUUUUUUACAUAAGCUUAUACAGUUCUCAUUCUUGUAAUUACACAUGGCAGUAUCCCACGUUUACACUGGUUGCCUCCACAUGCUUCUCAGCAGCAGACUAGAAAGUAUUGCAAACACGCUGUACAGAGUAUCCAACAAUAACAGAGUCAUAAAGGAUGUUUAUUUAAGUCAGGGUUCCCACUAAAUAGGAAUGCUAUUAAAAAGUCAUCUUUACCGACAAGUAGAUGCACAUCUGAAGUAAAACCAGCAGAUGGAGCUGUUUGUCUGCCUUCAUAAUACUUGGGAAUUAUGCUGCUUAGGUAGUUUAGGUACAUUUUCUUGGAAAGUGGCCUUAAAGAAGGUGCUCUUAUUGCACUUGUGCAUCUCUUUCAGCGAAGUAAUACUGUGGAGGAGGUACGGAUAAGAUAGUUUAAGGGAUAUUUUAGGGUAAUUUAAUUAUUUCAGAGUAAUUUGUAUUUCCUUGGUUGGUUUGAGCAGAGAUUUAAAGAGUUGCGACCACUCUUUAAAGUUGAAUCUUAAAAAGUCCUUCACAUUCAUUGACAUAAAGAUCUAUUUUGUUGCAGGACUGUAUUAAAAAAAAAAAAAAACGAAUCUCUUUAAAGUGAGUUUUGUAGAUUUAAAGUUGGUUUUUAUCCCCAUUAUCAUUCAAACCAGUGUAAGGAAAUAUAUAGUUUAUCUCCCACCUCUUUUGUCCCAGUUACAGUUCUUUUAAACUUCUUCAUGCCGUAGCUGCUGAUAUAGGCAAACAGU